UAAUGGUGCCCCGUUUCGUCCAGCAGCGCAGGCGUUGCCUUUUUUUAUAUACAUAUUUCGGGAGUUUUUGAGUGUUAUGAUAAAAGGGGUUUAGCGCAAACCCAGGAACUAGGGGCCCCUGAGUGAGUUUAAGUAACCCUUUUUAUUGUGAUCAAAAAUCUUGCCGAAACAAGUGCAACAGGGACCACACUAACUCUCAAGUGUUUAUAGAACUAUUGCUGCAAGUGCGUUAAUGAACACAAGAAAUAGCUCGUGAAGUGCACUAGAAACUGAGUGGCCAUGGAGGACGCUCACACGAAAACUGUGGAGGAGGUAGUAAAUUACUUCAAUGUUGAUAUAGACAGAGGCCUCACGCUAGAUCAAGUCAAGAAGUACCAGGAGAAGUAUGGCCCUAAUGAACUGCCCGCCGAAGAGGGCAAGUCGAUAUGGCAGUUGGUAUUAGAGCAAUUCGACGAUCUUCUAGUUAAAAUUUUGCUGCUUGCAGCCAUCAUAUCAUUCGUUCUUGCCUUGUUUGAAGAGCAUGAAGAUUCAGUCACUGCAUUUGUUGAACCUUUUGUUAUUCUGCUUAUUCUCAUUGCCAACGCUGUGGUUGGUGUUUGGCAGGAACGAAAUGCUGAAUCUGCAAUUGAAGCGUUAAAAGAGUAUGAGCCUGAAAUGGGCAAAGUAGUAAGAGGUGAUAAAUCUGGAGUGCAAAAAAUCCGUGCCAAAGAAAUUGUUCCAGGAGAUAUUGUGGAGAUCUCAGUGGGUGACAAGAUUCCAGCUGACAUUCGACUUGUAAAAAUUUUCUCCACUACUCUGAGGAUUGACCAGUCAAUUCUGACUGGGGAAUCUGUGUCAGUUAUAAAGCAUACAGACCCAGUACCAGACCCUCGAGCUGUAAACCAGGACAAGAAGAAUAUCCUCUUCUCAGGUACUAAUGUAGCAGCUGGAAAAGCUCGUGGUGUUGUGAUUGGAACAGGUCUUGCAACAGCCAUUGGUAAGAUCAGAACUGAGAUGUCAGAAACAGAAGAGAUCAAGACUCCUCUUCAGCAGAAGUUGGAUGAAUUUGGUGAACAACUGUCGAAAGUGAUAUCCGUUAUAUGUGUUGCUGUAUGGGCGAUCAACAUUGGCCACUUCAAUGACCCAGCUCAUGGGGGCUCCUGGAUUAAGGGUGCAGUUUACUACUUCAAGAUUGCAGUAGCGCUGGCCGUUGCUGCUAUUCCUGAGGGUCUCCCAGCUGUCAUCACUACUUGUUUGGCCUUGGGCACAAGGCGUAUGGCUAAGAAGAACGCAAUUGUCCGAUCUCUGCCCUCAGUGGAGACCCUGGGUUGUACUUCUGUCAUUUGCUCUGACAAGACAGGAACAUUGACAACAAAUCAGAUGUCUGUCAGCAGGAUGUUUAUAUUUGAGAAGAUUGACGGCAAUGAUAGCUCAUUCCAUGAAUUUGAAAUUACUGGUUCCACUUAUGAACCCAUUGGUGAUGUCUUCCUGCAUGGGCAGAAGAUAAAGGCCAGUGAAUAUGACACAUUACAUGAAUUGGCUACUAUCUGUGUUAUGUGCAAUGAUUCGGCUAUAGAUUUCAAUGAAUUCAAGCAAGCUUUUGAGAAAGUUGGAGAGGCCACAGAAACUGCCUUAAUUGUGUUGGCAGAGAAGCUUAAUCCCUUUAACGUCAGCAAAAUUGGUCUGGAUCGUCGUGCUGCUGCCAUCUGUGUUCGCCAAGAAAUUGAAACCAAGUGGAAGAAAGAAUUCACUCUGGAAUUCUCCAGAGAUCGCAAAUCCAUGUCAUCUUACUGUGUUCCUCUAAAAGCUUCUCGCCUUGGAUCUGGGCCCAAACUUUUCUGCAAAGGUGCCCCAGAAGGUGUCUUGGACCGCUGCACACAUGCUCGCGUCGGCACUCAGAAGGUGCCUUUGACAGCCACUCUGAAGAACCGCAUUCUGGAGCUUACACGGCAGUAUGGUACUGGGCGUGACACCCUCCGUUGCCUUGCUCUGGCUACUGGAGACAGUCCUAUGAAGCCUGAGGAUAUGGAUCUUGGGGAUUCUACUAAGUUCUACACUUAUGAGGUGAACUUGACAUUUGUAGGUGUUGUGGGUAUGUUGGACCCUCCACGGAAGGAAGUGUUCGAUUCUAUUCAGAGGUGUCGUGCUGCUGGUAUUCGUGUCAUCGUCAUUACUGGAGACAACAAGUCCACAGCUGAAGCAAUUUGCCGACGUAUUGGUGUAUUUACUGAGGAGGAAGACACAACUGGCAAAUCAUACUCUGGUCGUGAAUUUGAUGACUUGUCACCAGCUGAACAAAAAGCUGCUGUUGCCCGGUCUCGUCUUUUCUCCCGAGUUGAACCUGCCCACAAGUCAAAGAUUGUGGAAUACUUGCAGAGCAUGAAUGAAAUUUCUGCAAUGACAGGUGAUGGUGUGAAUGAUGCUCCAGCACUGAAAAAGGCUGAAAUUGGUAUUGCCAUGGGUUCUGGAACUGCUGUAGCCAAAUCUGCAUCAGAGAUGGUAUUAGCAGAUGAUAAUUUCUCCACCAUUGUUGCUGCUGUUGAGGAGGGUCGUGCAAUUUACAACAACAUGAAACAAUUUAUCCGUUACCUCAUCUCCUCUAAUAUUGGUGAGGUUGUCAGUAUCUUCUUGACUGCUGCCCUUGGGCUUCCUGAAGCACUCAUUCCUGUUCAGCUGCUGUGGGUCAAUCUGGUUACUGAUGGUCUUCCAGCUACAGCACUGGGAUUCAACCCACCUGAUCUUGACAUCAUGAACAAGCCACCUCGCAAGAGUGAUGAGGGUCUGAUCUCUGGAUGGCUGUUCUUCCGCUACAUGGCAAUUGGUGGCUAUGUGGGUGCUGCGACUGUCGGUGCUGCUGCAUGGUGGUUCAUGUAUUCUCCUAAUGGUCCCCAGCUCUCUUACUACCAAGUUACUCACCAUUUGGCUUGCAUUGGAGGUGGUGAUGAUUUCAAGGGUGUUGACUGCAAGCUUUUUAAUGACCCACACCCAAUGACAAUGGCCUUGUCAGUUCUUGUCACCAUUGAAAUGCUCAACGCAAUGAACAGUUUAUCAGAGAACCAGUCCCUAGUUGUAAUGCCUCCAUGGUCCAACAUUUGGCUGAUGGCUUCCAUGGCCCUGUCUUUUACGCUUCACUUCGUCAUUCUUUACGUUGAAAUUUUGUCUACUGUCUUCCAGGUGACGCCACUGUCAGUUGAAGAGUGGAUAACAGUAUUGAAGUUUUCCAUUCCAGUCGUUCUUCUUGAUGAAACGCUCAAGUUUGUCGCCAGAAAGUUCACAGAUGGUGAGAGCCCCUUCUUAACCAUGCACUGGAUUGUUCUUAUGUGGGGGGUGUUCUUUGGUUUGUUAUAUAUAUCCCCGAUUUAAAAAUCCAUUGAGUGAUUGAUUUUUAACUAUCCAAAACCCUUUUAUUCAACUUUACCCCCAACACCAUGGAUUGCUUGAACACUAAUUUACAAAGCAUGUGACAUGUAGAAUGCAAAAGUGAUUCACUGUGUUAUUUUGAAAAAUGGUGGAAGUCGAGUGAAUAUGUUUUUUGUCCAUUGCGCUGUUGGGGGAUGAAGAGAUUAGGGAGAAAGCGUGUGCUGUAGAUUGUGCCACUGAGUUUGAAAGCUCAGAGUGAAAUCAGCUGGGAUCAAUGCAUUUUUGCCCUUACAGUGAACAGUACAAAAGCCCAGAAUUUUGUAGGUUAUUUUGUACAGUGUGUAGUGACAUCGCUGAAGUGCGUUUUUGAUACAUUGUCCCCGUUGCAUUUGUCAAGUGUAAUGGAUUUUUUUUUUGUAACUGUAGAUAUGUGCCUUUUUUAAAACCCAAGCAUCUUUUUUGUGGAAAGAGUAUUUUUUACAUCUGGAUGCUUCCCCAUUUUUUAAAAAGGUUGCUGUAAGCUCUCAAUUUGUGCUAAGUUAUGUGCAGUACUUAAAGAAUGGGAUCAGAUAUGUGAACUUGGUUUAAACCUGUGACAAUAAUUACUGUUCAGGAAAGGGUGGUGAGAGUUUGUUUUGAUCUGUAUGUAUAAGCACAGUAACGAGCUUCCUAGUUUUUUUAUGGUCUUAAGUUGGUAACUAACAUUGCACUGAUUGCUAAGUUGCCAAGAAUCUCGUGACACGUUGUGAAUAGUCUUAUCAGUGCUGCAGUAUAAUUUUAUUUAUUGUGUAGUUAUAAGAUUUGGCAGAUGAAGAAUUAUUUAUUUAUUUAGAAAUUGUCUUAGAGGGUACUUUAUUUCUCAUGUUUGUAUCUGAGAAGCAGCAGUUAUUUUUUAAAAAAAGGAAAUAUUAGAAUAAUUGGGAGAUCAUCAGUCACUUGGUUACCUAUGUACAGUAAAUCUACGUCAACACAUUGUUUAAAUCCGUGCCUUAUAUUUAGUAAGUAAUAACUUUUAUGUUUUAUAUCAAGAGAUCAUUGUUUACUUCAUGAUGCAGGUAUUUCGAGGUCAAAUUGGAACAAGAAUUUAUUAGUUUGGGUCAAGAAGUCAAAAAGUAAAAGUGCAUAAGUCUACAUGGACCUUUCAAAAGCCUCAGCGUAUAAAUUUGAUUUUGCCUGUUUUAUUGCUUUCAUCCACAACCAUCUUUCCCACCUGCAAGAAGCACUUGAGUUAUGGGGCAAAUGCAGACUGUUGCUUGAUUUGUUCUGCGUCCUUACCUUUGCAUGCGGCACCUGAAACCUGCUAAUCCUAUGGCACUUCUUCCUGUAUUGAAGACUAGUAUGGACUGAGUGCUACAAGAAAAAAAAAUUUGUUUUGCUUUUAAAGUUAAUGAACAGUUAAUUAUUGUGCAUGAUGAUUUUUUAAAGCGCAACAAAAUGGUAAUAUUAAAAUCAAUUUUGAGUUUUCUUUGCAAUUUUAUCUCCCAAAAAAUGCAGGUAACAAGUGAUUUGAGUGUGAAUUAUGACUUUUGGAAAGACAAAAUUUAUUUAUGCUGCAUGAUGAUUAAAUUAUUUAUGAAAUCAGAAAAGAAGUGUUUAGGUGGUUGUUAUUUGGGUGUUGAUCAUCGGGCAAGACUCGGACUUUUGUAAGUAUGAUUUUUGUGUGUAUCUGUGUGAGAAAGACAUUAAAUCUGCAGUCCUUGAAAGGAUUUGCUAGACGACAUAGUAUUAAUUCUUGUGAUCGAGGUGUCCUGGACCCUGUCCUAAAAAUGUGAUCAGUCUGCUCACAAACUACUUUACUGAAAAAAGGAGAAUUUAAAUAGGUAGAGUAUGUUGCAUUUCCAUCUCUUCCAGUUGUGUAUGAUGGUUUCUGUAAGUAGUAUACAUAAGAGCAAAAUGACUUAUUGUCGUUUGUAUGUUCCCUUCAUUUUGAACUGGUGUGUACCGUACACGAGUUGACAAAUUAUCAGAAAUUGGAAUCCAAUGCCAUGUACAUAUUUCAUAAUGUAAUUGUGAACCUUGUUACAAAGAAACUGUUACUAAUAAACAGAUAUUUUAAA